AUGCCUUCCCUGUUCAUUGCUAUCAAAGAUAUCCAUCCUAUCCACAAGCAAAGGGGAAUUAGAGUACGUUGUGUACGCAUCUAUGAUGUGCCUGAGAGGAGGGUAGGUAGUAACGUCAAGAGUAUGGAGUGUCUUCUCCAUGAUGAUCAGAAGCAUGAUGAUCAGGGAGACUAUAUACAUGCUAAUAUUCAGAAUAAAGAUGUUGUCAAAUACAAAGAUGUGCUAAAAGAAGGCCAACUGUAUGAGAUAAAGAACUUCUAUGCUGUUACAAACUAUUACCUUUACAAGGUCACCCAGCAUAAGUAUAUGCUCAAGUUUAAUUACAAAACAGAAGUCAAACAGAUCAACUCUAUAGGCUUUCCACUUUUUAUGUUUCGUCUUACAAGUUUUGAGUCUUUGAAAGAUCCCAAGCAAGUGAAUGACAAGGAGCUCAUUGAUGUUAUAGGUCGUGUGGUGGAGAUAUAUAGCCCUGUGGACAAGAUUGUUGGUGGUAAAGCCACAAAACUGAUUGACUUUCAACUCUGUGGUGAGGUCAGAAUAACAUCAUCGUAUGAUGCAACUAAGAUCUGGGUGAAUGAUGAUUUUGAUGAGUUCAAGGACUUCAAAUCUCAGUAA